CUGAACCCGGACGUGAACGUGUUCCAGCGCAAAUUCGUCAACGAGGUCCGGAGAUGCGAGGAGAUGGACCGCAAGCUCCGGUUUGUGGAGAAGGAGAUUAAAAAGGCAAAUAUUCCUAUCAUGGACACUGGUGAAAACCCGGAGGUGCCUUUUCCACGCGACAUGAUCGACUUGGAGGCAAACUUCGAGAAGAUUGAAAACGAGCUUAAAGAAAUCAACACAAACCAGGAAGCUCUGAAGAGAAACUUCCUGGAGCUGACAGAAUUAAAAUUUAUACUGCGUAAAACCCAGCAGUUUUUUGAUGAGGCUGAAUUGCAUCAUCAGCAGAUGGCGGAUCCAGACCUGUUGGAGGAAUCCUCUUCGCUCCUGGAACCAAGCGAGAUGGGAAGAGGGGCCCCGCUGCGACUUGGGUUUGUGGCUGGCGUGAUCAACCGUGAGCGGAUCCCCAUGUUCGAGCGCAUGCUGUGGCGAGUGUGCCGAGGGAACGUGUUCCUGCGUCAGGCAGAGAUUGAAAACCCCCUGGAGGAUCCUGUAACG